AUGGUCUUCUAUCCUCCAGCAUGGGUCCCGAAGCUCCCCUUCGACCCGCCCGACUCCAUCACCAUAGGCGAUUUUAUGCGUAGUGAGGAGACUGGCCGCCACCCCAUUGCCAAGAGCCGGAAUCCCUUCACAUGCGGUAUCACGGGCAAGACUUACACCACAGCCGAGUCCUUUGAACGGGUCAAUCUCCUCGCAAAGGCCUUGUCCAAGACCAUGGGCUGGGAGCCCAAUGCCGACUCGCCAUGGGACAAGGUCAUUGGCGUCUUCUCCUUCAACACUAUCGAUUAUUUAUCGGUAAUGUUUGCCGUCCACCGUCUCUCGGGCAUUGCCAGUCCUGCCAACGUGGCGUGUUCGGCCAGCGAGCUCGAGCACCAGCUCAAGUCCUCGGGAGCCAAGGUCCUCUUCACCUGCGUGCCCGUCCUCGAGACCGCGCUUGCGGCCGCUAAGGGCGCCGGCAUUCCCGAAGAUAAGAUCUUCCUCAUGGACUUGCCGCAUCAUGCCCCGAAGCCGCACUUCAAGACGGUCGACGACCUGAUCCAAGAGGGCCGCUCUUUGCCCGACCUCGAGCCCCUGAGGUGGAGCAAGGGCCAGGGUGCCCGACAGGUUGCCUUUCUAUGCUACUCGAGCGGCACCUCUGGCCUGCCUAAAGCCGUCAUGAUCUCGCACCGAAACGUCAUCGCAAACGCGAUGCAGUACUGCGUGUUCGAAUCGGUGCACAGAAAGAAGCUGGGCAUCGACACCCAGGUUGAGCUUGGCAUCCUCCCCUUCAGCCAUAUCUACGGACUCGUCGUUGUCGCUGUUUCCGCCACAUGGCGCGGCGACGAAAUCAUUGUCCUGCCAAGAUUCGAGCUCAACCAGUUUCUCCAAGCCAUUGAGAAAUUCAAGAUCAAUCAUCUUCCUCUCGUCCCUCCCAUCAUCGUUCGCUUGUUGAGCAGCCGGGAAAUAUGUAAGAAGUACGACCUGAGCAGCGUCAGGUUUAUUUUUGUCGGGGCAGCACCUACCGGGAAAGAAACUGUCGAGGGACUCCUCCGCCUCUUUCCAAAAUGGACUCUUGGCCAGGGCUACGGUCUGACCGAGACGUCGACCGUAGUCUGCUCGACAAGCGAGCUCGACGUUGAACAGGGGACGUCUGGAUCUCUUCUCCCCAGCACAAGAGCCAAACUCGUCAGCCCGGACGGACAGGAGAUCACCGCCUACAACACCCCCGGUGAGCUCCUCGUGCAGGGCCCUUCGGUCGUGCUGGGCUACUUGAACAACGAGAAGGCCACGAGUGAGGCCUUUAUCUUUGAUGAGGACGGGCGGUGGCUGCGCACAGGCGACGAGGUCAUGGUCACCAAGUCUGCUUCAGGAAACGAGCAUCUCACCAUUGUCGACCGCCUAAAGGAGCUCAUCAAAGUCAAGGGACACCAAGUCGCGCCGGCCGAGCUCGAGGCCCACCUGCUCUCGCACCCAGCCGUCGACGACUGCGCCGUGAUUUCCGUGCCCGACGACCGCGACGGCGAGGUGCCCAAGGCCUUUGUCGUGACGUCGGCCGAGGUGUCGUCGCGCAAGGACGAGGACAUCGCCGCCGAGAUCCUCAAGUUUGUCCAGGACCACAAGGCCCACUACAAGUGGCUCAAGGGCGGCGUCGAGUUCAUCGACGUCAUCCCCAAGAGCCCCAGUGGCAAGAUCCUGAGGCGCCUGCUCCGCGACCGCGAGCGCGAGGCCCGCCGCGCGAAGGUGUCGAAGAUAUGA